AUGCCUGUGCCGAAGGAUUUGCCUGAUCGCCCUCACGCUUUCAAACGCCUCGCAGAUGAGCGUCACCCCCACCUCUGCCGCACGCUGCCUGAAGCUGUUUUUAACCAACUCUAUCGAGAACGCGAAGCAGGUGCCCCACACCAAUACACUACCACCAAGCUUCGUGCUGUCGUCCGGCACGUCUCCACACUUCCGCCUUUGUCCACCGCACUCCCGACUAUCGACUGGGACACAGUCGAGCAGGCCAAACUCGCGGCACACAACGACCGCCAGCACUUUCAGGUGCAACGCAAUCAAGCUCACGCUAGGCAGAACGUGCACGCCAGCGGUUUCUUCAGCCACCCUCUAGCGGAUCGCCUCACCACCGCCCCAACCUACACGCCCAUUGCCCCAAAACCAGUCACCAUCGACUUCGCUUGGUACUCAGCCGCCGACCUCACUUGCAUCUUCACGCCGAAGUUUGCCGCCACCCUCAAAUGUUUCAACGUCCUCGAAACGCUCAACUGCCCCGACGUCCUCACUGACAACAUCAACACUGUCUUCAAACUCCAUGACCACCUCGCUCACCUUGAUCACACGCUCAAGAACGUGUCCCACAUUGUCAGCAUCGAAGAGUGGAAUUGCUGGGACUCAGGAUGA